AUUUCCCCACCCCAGUAUGGGAACCGGCUCAGCUGGUGGAACCGCGGAAACCGAGCGAUCAUGUUUGCAGAUGUCGUUCUACUCUUUUAUCUGCCGCCAGCGCAGACGAAAGCAAGGGAUUCAACAGCGGCUGACUAUGCCGAGGAAGGUCAACAAAGACGGGCAGGAGCAGUUGCAAACGAGGCCUCGCCCAAGCCUCUGGGAGCAUACUUUCUGCGCGUGCGAGACGACGACACAAGCGCAUUUUUUCAGAGUGGUGAGAUUGCUCAAGGUAUUCUGCGCGAGAAGGCGAGCUUCUUCUUGGCGUGUCAGUCGGCCGGCGAUGUCGAAUACCCCAUAUCCACUUCCGACGCGGCUUUUCUAGACAUCGACAGGAACACGGAGGGCAACUCUAUGGCGCGGAAUCCAGCGCACUAUCAGAGCAUGUUAAGGCUUCUUUUUCACCAUCUAGGGAAAUGCUGAGUGUGGAUUGAAACUUGUACUUAAAGCUGCGCACUGCUGGCUGUGGUCAUGAAGAUGAUGAAAGACAGACUUUUGCUAAGCCUGGUGAGAAUUUCCUUUGCUUCCCCGCCAGAAAUCGUUCCGCUGUGGACGCGAGCAGCCUUUCUGUUGGUAUUUCGUUUGCGGGGAGUAAACACGUUUACGGGAGAAACGGAAAACUACAUAGCCUUUCG